AUGUUUUCAUUGCGACGGGGGAACGUUUCCGGUUUCCUCCAUGGCUCUCGUAAAGCAUUCAGCUUGCAGCAGAAUUUCAGCUUAGUGAAUGUGAAAUUGAAAUGGGUUAAAGAUAGUGUCUUAGACAGGGUCGUUUCUGGCCAGGGCGAUCUGAAAGCUGUCUGCUUUCUCGUUUCCAUAAUAUCAUCUGCUCCCAGCCAUUCCCUCCCUGUUUACUCCCUCACCAAGCAUCGCGGCCAACUAGGUUUGCCUCUCGAUCUCAAGCUCUCAACUUUCCUUAGGAGAUACCCAACAAUCUUUCAUGAAUACCACAUUCUCGACAGUGGUGGAACUCGGGUUCCUUCCUUCCAAUUGACCCCUGAGGCAUUGGAUCUCCACCAGGAGGAGCAGAAUGCAAUUGAUCAAAAUCGAAACGAUCUUGUUGAGAGGCUCUGCAAGCUGCUCAUGCUCACGAAGGACAGGUCUCUUCCUUUCCAAACCAUUGACCAGCUGAAAUGGGACUUGGGGUUGCCUUACCAUUACCAUGAUUCCUUAGUAUUGCACCAUCCAUAUAAGUUCUGUUUGGUUCGCUUCCCUGAUGAUCGUGUAGGGUUGAAGCUCCGAUUCUGGGAUGAUCAACUUGCUGUAUCACAAUUGCAGACGAAGGCUCCCCAAGAAGAGCUAGAACAUGGUUGCUUAAGGUUUCCAGUUGGGUUCACCAGAGGAUUCGGGUUAAAAAGAAAGAGCAUGGUUUGGUUAGAAGAGUGGCAGAAGCUUCCUUAUACUUCGCCUUAUGUUGAUCCAUCGAGCUUGGAUGUGAGGACAGAUGUGUCCGAGAAGAGGAUUGUGGGAGUCUUUCAUGAGCUGCUUCAUCUGACAUUGGAGAAGAAGACUGAGAGGAAGAAUGUCAGCAAUCUAAGGACAGCAUUGCGUUUGCCUCAGAAGUUUACUAAGGUGUUCGAGCGCCAUCCUGGUGUGUUUUACAUAUCGAAGAAGUGUGAUACUCAGACUGUUGUCCUUAGAGAAGGAUAUGAUCGUGGAGAGCUCCAGGAGAAGCAUGCUCUUGUUAGUGUCAGGGCGAAGUAUGCGAGGUUGAUGAAGAGAGGGUUUCUGGAGAGAAGUAUGGGGUUGCAUAAGAACAGUGAAGAGUCCGUGGAGGAAGAAGAGAUUAUAUGGAUUGGAGAAUCAUUGUCUCCGAACGAGCCUGCUGUAGUGCCGAAUGAUGUAGUCGGCAUCGAGGAGAGGCGGAGGGAAAGGAGGGCAGGCGACGAUUGGGUUCGGGAUGUGAGGGUCAGCCUGGGAAUAAACGGAGCCGGAUGUCGAUUUGUUCGGGUCGAGAAGGCAGUGGAGGUGCCUGUGCUGAUUCCAGCGGUGGAGAAGAGUCGUCGAAGAAGGUCGGUGUGGGGGUGAAGCAGGGUGGAGAAUGACGAGUUAGUUCUACGCUUAUUUUCUUCUUCUUCCUUCCGUUGUGUGCCCCGAAAUUAUGAUACUGUGUUUGAAUGUGUCAGAGAUGAACACCC